UGAAGGGAGUAACGAGUCUACCUUGAGGACCCGGGGCAGCAGCAGGAUGGUGGGUACACGAGUAUAUGUAGGAGGCCUGAGUUACCGGGUGGGUGAAAGAGACCUAGAGAGAUUCUUCAGAGGAUUUGGCAGACUCAGAGACAUAGUCAUUAAGAAUGGCUUUGCAUUUGUGGAGUUUGAUGACCACCGUGAUGCAGAUGAUGCAGUCUAUGAGAUGAAUGGCAAGGACUUAAUGGGGGAAAGAGUGAUGGUGGAGAAGGCGCGUGCAUCCCCCCGGGUGCGAUGGCCGCGCGGUGGUGGCGGUGGUGGUGCUGGUCAGCACCAAAACAGACCACAACAACUCAGGUAUGGACUGCCAACACGAACCGACUACCGCCUGAUAGUGGAGAACCUGUCAAGCCGAGUGUCGUGGCAGGAUCUCAAAGACUUCAUGCGUCAAGCAGGGGAAGUUACCUAUGCUGAUGCCCACAAGCACAGGAGAAAUGAAGGGGUUGUAGAGUUUGCCACUUAUGCUGACAUGAAGGGAGCCAUCAACAAGCUGGAUGGCAAGGAGCUCCAUGGUCGACGCAUCCGCCUGCUUAAUGACUCAGCACGAAGACAACGCAAAUCACACUCCAGGUCUUCCUCGAGAUCCAGAUCCAGGUCUCGUUCACGCUCCAGGUCCCGUUCCCGAAGCCGAUCAAGGUCUCGUUCCCGAUCCAAGACCAGGUCACGUUCCCGUUCACGGUCUCGAUCUCGCUCCCCGUCUCGGUCACGCAGUCGUUCACAUUCUAGAGAGAGACGGCCGAGGAAGUCACGCUCAAAGUCUCGAUCUAAGUCCCGAUCCCGUUCCCGGUUGAGAUCCCAAUCUAAGUCUAGGUCCAGAUCCAAGUCCAGAUCCAAGACACAUUCACGGUCCCACUCCAAGGAGAAGUCCAAGUCCAAGUCCAAGUCCAGGUCAAGAUCACAGAGUCACAGCAAGUCUCCUGUUAAUGAUAAAUCCUCCAGCCGAUCACGAUCCCGGACCCCGAAGGUAACAGCAGAAGAAGAGAAUUAGAAUAAAUGUGAAAAUAAUCAUGAUGAAAAUUACAACAGAUUGCUUCUAUCAGCCUAUUGGAAUUUUUUUAUUAAGUUAUUGUUUAUGAAGGAACUGUUUGUUUUGAGUGAAGUUUAUAGUAAUUCAUACUUUUUUUUCUUUUUUUUUUUCUUUUCAAAAUAAUGAUAUCAUCAAUUGAAAUGCAACUUAUACUGAAAAAAGUCACUACUGUACACCAGCCAGUGUAUUUCAUAAUUUUUUACAGAGUAAUUAUGUAUAACAAUUAUUAUUGUUUCAUUUUGUAGCAGUUGGCUGUAAUAGUGGCAUCACUGUGUCAGAGAAAGAGUUGUGUAAUUCUGUUUAGAUCUUUAAUGAAAUAAAGUGUGAAACUGUAAACAUUAAAGUGCAUGCAGAUUUUGCAGUGUUUCCUAAGUAUUUUUUGAGAUAUAAUGACAGCACAUGUUUUGUGUGUGCUAAUUGUUAGGUCAGCACAUAAGGUGUGUGGAAUAGAUUAUUUGAAGAGGUCUUAGUCAUUGCCAGUUACUUAUUUGUACUCUUAAAGGUUUUAUGUAAGUGAUUGUUUACAAUUGGUAAUGUUGGGCAUUCAUGUUAAUACUGUACUGUAUGUAGUUGUUUUGUGACAAGUAAUCCUUAUACAGAUCAAGUAGAAGUAUCAUGUACAAAAAGAGACCAAUACAUUUUCUCGAAAAUAUGUACCUGAAUUCUUGUAUAGUAAAAGGAUUGUGAAAAAAUUGAGUUUUUCAUCCAGUAAAUGAUUGCUUAUAAAAUAUUAAUAGCAGAUGGUACUUUGCCAGCAGUGUGUGUUAGAUCCAGGUGUUCUCCUGGGGUGAAGAGCUGUCUCUCAUGUUAUUAAUAACCCUUGUUGUUCUGGAGGAUGCCACUUAUGUAGUAGUGAAAGAUGAUGUAAAACACAUGUUAGAAUUUAGUCAAUAAUUAUGAAAUGCAUGAUAUCUAUAGAGAUUUUUUUCUGCAUUUUAUUCCAUCUCUUUUAUUGUGUAAAAGACACAGCCUGUACUGUACUGUACUGUAUACUAUAUUUUGCUUCACCUUAGUCAGGAAUUACAUGUAAAGGGAUACAUGGCUGUGUCUUAAGAUAAUUCUUGUCAGAAAACAACUCAUGUCUAAAAGUCAGACCUUGAUCAACAUCUGUACAUUAAUCCUCUACUGCUCUUUUGUCUUUUCACAAAAAUAUAUAAAUUCAGAAAUAUAA